AUGAAAUACCUUAACUACGAUUUUAUUGCACCCACACAUUUACAUUACUUGAAGAGCUAUCGUUAUAAGGGCACAGAUCAAUCCCUCUUAUACAAUCACAUACUCUCACCUCUUGCUGAUUUCUGCCUAAGAUUUGUACCUAUGAAUGUUGCGUAUUUGAAUUUGAUCCAACCUUUAUUAUUAGACCUAAUGUAUUAACAUUGAUGGGACUGGCAUGUAUAAUCUUACCACAUAUACUUUAUUUUUUUGUGAUGGGUGACAACUUUGCGGGAUUCAUACCAAAUUGGUUGCUUUGGCUGACAGCCUUAUUGCAUAUGUUAUAUAUGGUAAUAUAUGUAUUUUAAGAAGAAUUUCGACAAUUUGGAUGGCAAACAAGCAAGGAGAACAAGUAAAAAUAAAUUAAAUUGUUUAUAUAAGAAAAUUCUUCACCUCUUGGAAUGAUUUUGGAUCACAAUUUUGAUUCUAUGAUCAUCUUGCUAUAGGGUAUUGAUCUUGCUUUUAUGUUCUUCAAAUAGGCACAAGUAUGACUACUGCAAUGCAAUUUGGCAAUACAAUUUUCUCUGUGAUCCUCUACAUUAUUCCUUCUGUGCCAUUCUAUAUAAUUGCCCAUGAAGAAUAUUAUACACAUGAGAUGAAUUUGCCAGUAAUCAAUGCAGCUUCAGAAGGCACAAUCAGUGUGGCAGUAGUCUUUGCAGCAACUGCCUAUUAUGGUAUUGAUCAACACUUAAUUAGGAUGCGACAUGUGGGUAUAAAAAUUGCCAUGGUUCUUUAAUUAUCAAAUCAACCAAUUUGUUAUGCUUAUGUUUAUUACUUCUCUUAUUAUAAUUAUGCCUGCUGUGUAAAAUAUAUACCUUAAACUAUUAGGUUCCUUAAGAUAAAAAAGUUUACUUCCAUCACUUCCUUAUUAAAGUAACUAAGAUAUUUUUUCUUAUUUAACAUUGUCAUUCUCUACAGCAUCAUAUUUUCUCAAAGUAAUGUGAUUUAAAAUCAUGUGAGAGCUUAUAUGUAUACUGUUGGAUUCACUAUGUCAAAAGCAGUUGGUGUAGUUGCUCUUAAUCAUGUCAGUAAUUAAAAAUUACCAGAAUAUUAAAAUUCAAUUUACAUCUAUGUUAUCAUAUUCCUAAAUACAAUUUCUGGAUAAAUAUUAGGAUAAACAAUUAUUAAUGAAGGAUUUUUAAUUUAAUUUGCUGCCACAGCAAGUUUUUUAAUUCAUAUUCAUUUUUUAUAUAAUGUAGCAAGAUAAAUAUCAGAAGCAUUAAACAUUAAAAUUUUUUAAAUCAAUUCAAUAAACAAAUGA